AUGUCCACGUCGACACCGUCUACUGCGUCCGGUUCUUCCGAUUCGCCGCUGGCGCACCACCUCAACACCCUCUUUGCGCCCCUAGACUUCAACCAGGAGCUCUCGCAGCGCAUAUUAACACAUAUGAGUCACAAAGAGGCUGUUCAGGGUCACAACGCUCGAUUUAGCUUCAUGGGUCGUCGCGUUCUUCACUCUUAUCUCCUUCUCUUCUUGCAUUCGUCCACUGCAUCACCACCUUCACUCGACUAUGAGGACGUCGCCUCGCGCGCACUCAACACUUACAUACUCGGCGAAUUUGUUGCACCCCAAUGGGCACUGGGUGACGUUAUACGGUGGACGCCUGCCCGUCCAGUCGAAGACAAGGGUCUCACAUCUUUAAAGGGCAUUGGCCUAUAUAAGGUGCAUGGCACAGUGGUAGAAGCAGUCAUGGGCGGGGUUUUCCACCAAUUUGGCGGCUCGGUCGCACAUAGGUUAUUCCACACACGGCUGCUCCCCCACAUCCUGCUACCGGGGCGAUCGGAAGGAUUGCACGACUCGUUCCAUGAAGAUGCGUUGGCGACGUGCGAGAAGAUGGGUGGGGCCAAUGGACCAUUGGUGCUAUCAUAG